AUGGAUAAUUUUGACUAUAACCAACCGGAUUUCCCACAUUUCCAACCAGAAUUUGAUCCCUCAAACACAUUUUUGGGAGAUCAGGAACAGCUUCAAGACAAACGAAUUAGUUCAGGAGAGUCCGGAUAUGGCAACCAAUCUGGUACUUUAAUGAAUGCCUCGGACGGAGUUGAGAUGUUUCAAGGAAUACCUUCAACUCUAGCUAAUGAGCACAAUACACAGGUAGAACAUGAUGACGAUCAUGAUUCAAAUCAUGAAACGCAUCACUCUUCCUCCUCUUCUAGCAAACCAAAAUCUAAGAGAACAAGAGCAACUGGUGAAGCUCUAGAGAUUCUUAAACGUGAAUUUCAACUUAAUCCAAGCCCCAACGCGCAAAAUAGGAAAAGAAUAUCAGAGAUGACGGGGCUUCCUGAGAAAAACGUGCGGAUAUGGUUUCAAAACAGAAGAUCAAAGUAUAGAAAAUCAGAUAAACGUAUGAACGGGCCAGGAGCCACUGACAACACAACUCUAGUUUCUAGUUUCGAAUUCGACAAAAUUCCACUUGCAAUAAAUUCCAGCUAUUAUUUCAUUGACAUUUCUUCUCUUACCGUGGGUUCAUGGAAACGUCUUAAGAGCGGUAAUUUAAGAAGUGAUUCACUACCACAAAUACAAAAGCUAUCAAAUCUUUCACCAAUUUCCAUCAAUACAAUAAUGGCUAACGCUACAGAUCUCAUGGUACUGAUAUCAAAGAAGAAUUUUGAGAUUAAUUAUUUUUUUAGCGCUAUUGCUAAUAACACAAAGAUAUUGUUUCGUAUUUUCUUCCCCAUAAACACAGUGGUUAACUGUUCGUUAUCAUUGGAUAACACUGAAUCGUUGAAAGGUGAUGCUAAAAAUUCGAAUUCUCCUUCGAGCUUGGAUGGUAAUAAUGAUACAAACUCUUCCAAACUUGCCGAGUUGAGAUUAUCGCUUUCUAAAUCUCCCAAAUUUGCAGUAUAUUUCUCAGAAACAAUCGAUGAUGCUUCGAGUAAUCAAUGGUCGAUUUGCGAAGAUUUUUCCGAAGGAAGGCAAGUAAAUGAUGCUUUCAUUGGAGGCUCUAAUAUACCCCACGUUCUAACCGGAUUGGACGAAUCAUUAAAAUUCAUGAAUUCUUUGAUUCUUGAUAUGAACAGUACAGAACAUUUCCCACCCACAACUCAACUCCAACAUGGCAUAAUGCAUUCUAUGCCCCCAACUGAUACGCAGUCAACAGCAUUAAGAUUUAAUGAUGACCCCAACCUAAUAGCACAUGAUACAUCAGCAAAUCCUUCUCAUAAUAGUCAAUCGUCAUUUUUAACAACAAAUGAUAAUUUUACCUCUAUGACUUUUGAUAAUUUUUCUUCCAACAUCCCUAAGACUCCUGAUUUCCUAAAUUCUACUAAUCUCCAGGAGGGUCAAAGCAUGUCUACCUUGCUUUUCCAGGAUCAACACCCAAACGGAUCAAGCCAUUGA